AUGUUCCGCCUUCUUCAUCUUCAUUUGAUGAACCUGAUCGUUUCUUCGUUUGAACACUUCCUUUUGUCUUGUCUCUUCUUCGUCGCCUUCUUCUUCUUCUUCUUCUUCUCCCUUUUUUAUCCUACUGAUUUCUUCUUCAUUACAUCUCAUUUUUUUGUUUCUUCCCCUCUUCUUCUUUUCGUCUUCUUCCUUUUUAUUCUCCUGAUUUCUGCUUUAAGGUGUCGUAUUUUUUCAGCCCUUCCCCUUCUUCCUAUAUUUCAAUCUUUCUACUUUUAUAUUCUCUCUUUUCUCUUUCUUUGCUGUUUGUCUAUAAAAUGCUUCAAGGUGUCGUAUUUUUUCAGCCCUUCCCCCUCUCCCUAUAUUUCAAUCUUUCUACUUUUAUAUUCUCUCUUUUCUCUUUCUUUGCUGUUUGUCUAUAAAGUGAUUCGAGAUGUCGUAUUUUUCAGCCCUUCCCCCCUCUUCCUAUAUUUCAAUCUUUCUUUCUACUUUUAUAUUCUCUCUUUUCUCUUUCUUUGCUGUUUGUCUAUAAAGUGCUUCGAGAUGUCAUAUUUUUCAGCCCUUCCCCCUCUUCCUAUAUUUCAAUCUUUCUUUCUACUUUUAUAUUCACUCUCCUCUUUAUUUCUUUCUAUCCCCAUUGUCUCUCUAUCCGAUUUUUUUCUCUCCCGUUGUAUCACUUGA